AUGUAUCGCCCCAACGGCCCUCCUCCAAUUCCAUCUCUUACAGGACAGGACGAGCUUGAUCAAUACCCAUUGAACGACACAAACUUUGUGGAACAAAGACCUGUCAUGCAAUCGCCAUUCGCAGAUCCGUUUUCUGCCUCUGUUGAGCAAAACUACACUGUAGAGCAACAUGAGCCACCAAUGCCUACCUAUGACACUAGCAAUCAACCUUUAUUGAAUAGCCCACUUCCCAUGCCUCAGCCUUUCUCUGAAAACCGCUAUCCUGAUACACCUGCUGCUCCCACUGGCUUGGGAGGCGGCGGCAAUGAGAAUGAAUCGCCUCCAUUCUACUUUACUGGUGCUCCAAGACGUCAACCUCGCCGUUACAAGACAACCAAAAGAGUCAAAUUGACAAGAGGUAAUUUGGUGCUUGAUUGUCCAGUGCCCACCCGAUAUCUGCAAUCAGUGCCCAUCAAAGACACAAAGGAAUUUACACACAUGAGAUACACAGCUGCCACAUGCGAUCCUAAAGACUUUGUAAGCGAGGGUUACACACUACGUCAACAAUUGCUUGGAAGAGAGACAGAAUUGUUUAUUGUUUUGACCAUGUACAACGAAGACGAGGUUUUGUUUGCUAGAACCAUGCAUGGUGUUAUGAAGAACAUUGCUCAUUUGUGCACAAGAGACAGAUCGCGUACAUGGGGUCCAGACGGCUGGAAGAAAGUAACAGUGUGUAUUGUGUCUGACGGCCGUAACAAAAUCAACCAAAGAACAUUGUCCUUAUUAGCAACAUUGGGUGUCUACCAAGACGGUGUCGCAAAGAACAUAGUCGGGGAUAAGCCAGUGACAGCACAUAUUUACGAAUAUACAACCCAAUUAUCCGUCGAUCCAAAGAUGAAGUUCAAGAGCGCAGAUAAGGGCAUUGUGCCAUGUCAAAUGCUGUUUUGCCUCAAGGAAAAGAACCAGAAAAAGAUCAAUUCACAUCGAUGGUUUUUCCAAGCAUUUGGGCCCUUGAUUCAGCCGCAUGUCUGUGUACUGAUUGACGUUGGCACUCGUCCUGGCAACACAUCCAUCUAUCACUUAUGGAAGUCAUUUGACGUACACGCCAACAUUGCUGGUGCUUGUGGCGAAAUUAGAACUAUGACAGGUAAAUUUGGUGCUGCCCUGUUGAAUCCUCUGGUCGCUGCUCAGAACUUUGAAUACAAAAUGUCCAAUAUCUUGGAUAAACCGCUUGAAUCUGUGUUUGGCUAUAUUUCAGUGCUGCCAGGUGCCUUUUCUGCUUAUCGAUUCAAGGCAUUGCAAAACGAUGUGGAUGGGCAUGGUCCGUUGGAAAAAUACUUUCUGGGCGAGACCCAACAUGGUGGCGAUGCUGAUAUUUUCACUGCCAACAUGUAUCUGGCUGAGGAUCGUAUUUUGUGUUAUGAAUUGGUGGCAAAACGAGAUGCAAGCUGGGUACUUCACUAUGUAUCCAGUGCGUACGGUGAAACAGAUGUGCCUGACAAGGUAGACGAGUUCAUCUCUCAGCGUAGACGUUGGUUAAAUGGCUCCUUCUUUGCUGGUGUUUACGCGCUCUGGCAUUGGAGAAAAGUGUGGAGCUCUGAUCACUCUAUUAUGCGAAAACUGGCCUUUAUAUUCGAGAAUUUGUACACGACAUACAACAUGCUGUUCUCCUGGUUUGCUUUGGGCAACUUUUAUUUGACAUUCUUCAUCUUGACCAACGCCUUGGGCUCUGAUAGUCUGGAUCCAAAGCCGUUCUCUGCCGAUGCUGCUAAUAUCAUCCACGCUGUACUCAACUACAUUUAUGUCAUAUUGCUGAUUGUUCAAUUUAUCAUGGCGCUCGGUAAUCGACCUCAGGGAUCAAGAAUUGCGUACACGUUCUGUAUGGUAUUCUUUGCGUUAUUGAUGGUUUACAUGAUGUUUGCUACUAUCUGGAUCACUGUCAUUGGUAUUGAAGCUAUUGCGGAAGACUCAGGGAACUCCAUCGCUGUCAUGCUUGGACAAACCACAUUUAGGAACAUCAUCAUUUCAUUGUGCUCUACCUACGUACUCUAUUUAGUGUCAAGUGCCUUGUUUUUAGACCCGUGGCACAUGUUUACCAGCUUCGCACAAUACAUCCUCUUGGCGCCAAGCUAUACCAACGUACUGAACGUCUAUGCAUUCUGUAACACACACGAUGUGUCGUGGGGCACCAAAGGUGAUAACACAGUGGCUACUGAUUUGGGUGUCGUCAAGUCCAAGAAGGAUUCAGAAACGGGAGAGCACACAGUGGAAGUCGAGCUGCCUACAGAGCAAAAGGAUUUGAACGAGAUUUACGAGGAAGCAUGUUUGGACCUGAGUAAAGAGUAUAUACCUGAGAAACAGCACAGAGACGCAAAAACAAAGCAGGAGGACUACUAUAGAGCUUUCCGUACGCGUUUGGUCAUUUCAUGGAUCAUCUCAAAUCUGAUCCUGGUGGUUAUUAUUACAAACACAACAACGUUCAAUGAUACAUUGGGUACAUAUCAAGCAAGAAGUGCAGCCUAUCUUGGCUUUGUGCUUUGGUCUGUUGCAGCACUAGCGGCUAUUCGUUUCGUUGGAUCCACAUUGUAUCUUAUUCUUCGUGUUUUCAGUGGAUAA